UUCAUUCUCAUUCUCAAUUCUCAAAAGCAAAAGCAACAAUUGAAAAGAUGACAUACCACAACCCGUCUUCCUGGCGACCGUCGUUUGUGUCACUCGCAUUCACGACAGUGGCCGCGACAUCUACGUAUUAUCUGUAUCAAUGUGUUUCUCAAUACGGUUGGGAAGGAACACUGUGGCUGAUUUGGGAAGGGGAUCCGUAUCCCCCACUCGUUCGUGACGAAUUCCACGCAUUACGAGAUGUGGAAGCCUCCUUGGAUGGCGAAGCAAAGAUCCUGGAUCGUCUGGAAGAAGCCUAUCAACGAGCUCAAUUGGACAGUGUCGAUGGUGCUUCGUCGGCGACAUUACUGGAACAAUGGAAUCAAAAUCUACCCAAACGAAAUCUGGACAAGCUCAUGGCCCGUGUCAAUCACAAUUUGGAUCUCUUUGCCUCCAAGGUCGAUGCCGUUCCCUCCAACAAACAUGCCGACUUGAAACCACUCAAGAAACAAUUGUCCAACCGAAUAGUACAGCUCAUGAAACGGGCGGAUAUCUGUGUAGCACAGUACAGUGCGGGACAACAACAACAGCAUGAGCAAGAAACACAACCAACAGAUUGAAGAAAUAAAUGAAAAUGACAAUCAACGAUGGCACAUAGAUAGAUGAAUGAAUGAAUGGCACCUGCCGUUUUGUGAUGAGCCCAUCUUCUCGCCCAAAAGAAAGAAGUACUCUUUUACUUUAGAAUUAUUUUUUGUU